AUGAGUGAAAGGUCCAUCAAAGAGUUCAUGCGCGUGACCCACGAGUCCAAGUACAUUGCGGAGCAGUAUCUUAGCCGGAACGGUGACGAUGUUGAAGGAGCCCUUGAGGAUUACUUUUCGCAAAAGGGAGCCUUCAAAGAGCCCAAUGCUCCAAAGCAAAAAGCCAAUAGAAAAGCCGGGUUGCAUCUGCUUCUGGACUACAGAGGAGAAGAGAACGACGACGAAGACGACCAGACCAAUUUCUUCACGGGUGGAGAGAAGUCUGGGUUACAAGUGGAGAACCCCAACAAGGAUAAGGACGAAGGAGGAGACGGAAAGAAAUCGGGUAACUUGAUUGAGCAGAUCUUCCAGCGAGCAGAGCAACAGAUGAGUCAGCCUGACGACCGACCAUCAGCUCAAAGUCAUAUCAAUGAUGAAGAUGACGGAGUGCCUCAACGGACGUUCACUGGUCGAGGCCAUCGUUUAGGAGACGAGGAGUCCGCAUCACAAGGGGGUGAAGCUGAUGAAGCUGAAGACGCAGAUUCUGGUGUUGGGGCGUCAAAAAGACCUCUUAAGGUGUCCAGAAAGAUUACUUUCUGGAAACAAGGGUUCACUGUUGAAGAUGGUCCAUUACAUAGAUACGACGAUCCUCAAAAUGCACAUGUUCUUGAGGACUUGAUUCAAGGAAGGGUUCCUGUGUCUUUGUUGGACGUGGAAUAUGGACAGGACGUUGAUGUUUCUGUUUUCCGGAAGACCAAUGAGGACUAUGUUCCUCCCAAGAGAGCUGCUACUGGGUUUCAAGGUGAAGGUCUUAGAUUAGGUUCCCCAGUGCCUGGGGAAAUAUCACGUGACACUGCGGAAACAUCAAGUGAUGUUCCCUCUGCUCCCACUGGUAAUACUGCCCCCACUGCUUCUAGUGGUGAUAACCCAACUGAUGUUACUAAACCUGCAGGGAAGUCUGAAGACGUUGCACCUAUUCAAAUUCGGUUUGCCAAUGGGAAAAGAGUAUCACAUAAAUUUAGAGUUGAUGAUGCCACUUCAGACGUCUAUACGUUUGUAAGAAACCACGAGUACUCUGAGCCUCGACCAUUCAUAUUGUCGUUGGCAUUCCCUGUAAAGGCCAUUGAAGACUCUGGUGAAGUUACGGUGACUGAAGCAAAGUUAAAGAAUGCUGUAGUUUUAACUGCGGGUUCAUAUGUCGAGUUCUAUGAUCCUCUUACGUAUAAGCUGAAUAUUGGAAUGGUUGUAGCGGGUGCCGGUACGAGGUUUGGAGUUGACCUGUCUCAAGCCACAGUUCUAACUGUUGAUGGCGAUGUGGUCGGUGUUGACGGGUCAAUGGUGUCGUUCCAUCUUUACAAGCUUUGGAACGAUGAAGAGAUCAAUGUAAAAGAUCAUCAAGAGGUACAAGGGAUUUUGAAUUCGUUUAUAGUUGAAAGUAUGGAUAUGGCAAACGAGCUGACCUUGGCUUUAGAUACCAUGUUCUACCAGUUAAGUCUGUCACAUUCCAUCAAGGGGAUACAACUACAUCAACUCUAUGACGACUUGAUGAAGUUGAAUAAGGAAGAACCAUAUGAGUAUUAUCAUCAGCAAGCACGGUUACUCUUAUGUAUCCAUAUGAAUCUAUGUCGAUCUACCAAUUGGUUGGUCCGGUUCCACACCAAACACUCGAAUCUCACCCUCAACCAAAGCUCCAACUUACUUGCCUCCAACUCUACAUACUAUGUAAAUAGUACCAGGAACGUUGAUUCCAUCACCAGGUUUGUCAGCGAGUUUCCCAAACGGAAAACGGACUUCAACAACCAUCUUGGGUACAUGCUUACCACGGGGUCAAAGGGGAAGAACUACGAGACCAUCAUGAACUACUAUAACAUUUGGGAGGGUAAACCAUUUCGACAUUUGAUUGAAACGUUGAAGUUUGCUGUUGUUUAUCCACAUCCACAAGUCAUCAUCAGACUAAACAAGUUGAAUAUAUUCAAAUCUUUUGGGGGAGCAUCACCAACGAAUGUAUAUCACGUGUUGAGUCAAUUGAGGAUUUAUGAUAAUAAAGCCAACCAACUAACUGAUCCGUUUAUUUCUGCUAAUAUGUUGGGAGAAGUCAAGUUAUCGAAUUUGGCAGCUUCAAAUUUAUCCGAGUUGAAUCAACGUCCUGAAAUUGGGGGCAAUCUUAUGGAAGAUAAAGUGUCUAUUCUUAGAGACAAGUUCCCUCAUUUAAGAGAUCAAGUUCCUACCAAUGAUAACAGAAUUUAUGCUGUUCCCUUAGCAGAGUCCUCGUCAUCAUCAUCUACUUCAUACAUCUGUUUAUGUUUGUCUACGGAGGCGACCGGUCUAGACUUCUACAUUCCAGAUAUUGCUUCCAAAGUAUCACCUUCUACUAUAAGCUUUGAAAAUAUAGUUUCUGGAAGGUCUUUAGGGAGUACCAUUAGGAAUUUACCCAAUAAUCAAGAGGCUUGGAUGAUAGAACCACAAGUUGCAACCAAAUUGGGGUUCGAAGGCUCAAAUGAGACGUUUAGAGUUUCAUUCAGAUCUUCCAGCAAAUUUGAACCACUUUUCAAGGAUUUGGCCAAGAAAGUAUCCGUUUCACUAAAGACGAUUUCUUCUUCCAAAAUUCGAGUGUUGUCUUUGGAAAUGCUUCAAGCUCUCUUAGAAAAGGGGAAAGCCUCUGCUAAAAGAGUGGGAGUUUUCAAACAGUACCCUGACCUUGAAGAGGAAGACGAAGUACAACUCAAACGGAUUUAUGAGGUUCUACAUAAUCAUUUUGUUCACCGAGUUAAGAACGGGGCAUCACCCAUUCUGACAAUGGACUACGAUCCAAGUGGAUGUGAUGGUUCCAGAAUAACCAUCCAAGGUCGUAUUAACCACAAGCAAUUGGUUGAUACAGAGAUCAGCGAGACCUUAAGUCCUCCCAAGUCUUUAAAAUCCGAAGCGAUGAUCUUUGUAGAUGAAGUGGAUAAGAUGUUGGGACACAUGCUUUCAGAAUACUGUAUGGAGCAUGAGAUUCCUGUCAUUCGUCAAACACAAGACCUUUAUUUAACUGACAACAGUUCCAGUUCCAGUGAUGAUCAAGCCAUUGUUUCUCAUGAUAAUAAGUACUUCCCUUCGUUUGAAGCAGAUUCUUAUUAUCAUACAUUAAUGGUUAAGAAUCCUCAAUGGUCAUUAUCCGUUUCUGCAUAUUUAAUAGGUCGACACUUUCUUCUGAAACCUGCAACCACUAACACUACUACUACCACUAUUGCUGAACCUCAUUUGUCACUAGGAAUGAAACAUGGAUAUGUGAAUAUAUCUGAACCGUUGAAUGAGUUUUCCAGCUGGGUAAAUCAACUCCAACUCGUCCAGCAUCUUCAGAAAGAGUACACUGAAUCAUGGACCGAUGCCAGUCGAUUCAAUUAUCUUAUUAAGCUUGGCUAUGGGACCCCCAUCGACUUAACCCAAGCACGUGACUCAGUAAUAAACACUCAUCUGGUCAGUCAAUAUGUUUCCAGUUGGCUCAAGAGGUACUGGUCCCUCAAGAGACUCGAACAGGAUAUGCUAACCAAGAAGCAGGCCAAGCUGUAUCACUGUGUGGUCACUAGAAUUGGGUCUCCUGUUGAUAAGAUCGGGUCUAGACCUAGAUUGUGUAUGGCCUUCUGUAAGCAGUUGGACUUGGAGAUCGAAUUACUUACUACUGAAGAACCAAAGAUAGGUGCACAGACAGUCGCAACACAGCCCGAUCUUCCGCUGUUGGAAGCAUACAUCAAGAGUGAUAGACAAAAGUGUACUGGAAGUGAGAAUCCACCAAAUUAUUAUCCAGUGUUUAAAUAUGCUACUUCUGAUAUCACAGUAAACCAAGCAUAUUUAAAGUUAGCUCAAUUGAAUGACCCUAAAAGAGGUCCUUCAUAUCUUUUAGAAUCUGCUUUAAAUGGUGAUACAGUAGACCGGUUUUCCUUUAUCGGGAUCAACCCUCGUCACGUGAUCCGGACCGGAGAUGACCCAAAGUUAUAUGCUCCACAAUAUUGCAACAUCGAUCCUAUAACGGUAUUGGAGAAUGAAAUGAAGCAAUUCAAGCAAGCAGAUCUCCCGGGGUUACCUCCUUUAAGUGGAGGUGCUGUGGGGUACAUCUCGUAUGAUUGUAUCAAAUACUUUGAACCCAAAACUAAAAGACCUCUUGAAGAUACCUUACAAUUACCAGAAGCAGUGAUUCUUUUCAGUGAUACCAUCAUUGCCUUUGACCAUGUUUAUCAAAGAUUCCAAAUCUUACACAAUAUAAGAAUUGAAGACGAUACAGACGACAUUGCCCAAGAGUAUUCCAAAGCUAACGACAUAAUAUCAAAUAUUGUUAGCAUCUUAACGGAUAACUCCAUUGAUUUAGAAUCCAUUGAACCAUUCCAGCCUCCAAUUAAACAAAACUUGACCUUUACCUCAAAUAUCGGCCAGCAAGGUUACGAGAGUCACGUGACCACAUUGAAAGACCAUAUUCUAAAAGGGGAUAUCUUUCAAGCAGUUCCAUCCCAAAGAGUUGCUAGACCAACAAGUUUACAUCCUUACAACAUAUUCCGUCAUUUAAGAACCGUCAACCCUUCUCCCUAUAUGUUUUAUUUUGAUUUACUUGACUUCCAAAUCAUUGGAGCUUCCCCAGAAUUAUUGGUGAAAUCAGACAAAGAUGGACGUGUUGUCACUCAUCCAAUUGCUGGAACCAUGCCUAGAGGGAAAACCAAUGAAGAGGAUGACAAGAAUGCCGACAUUUUACGUGCAAGUUUGAAAGAUCGAGCUGAACAUAUUAUGUUGGUAGAUUUGGCUAGGAAUGAUGUUAAUAGAGUUUGCCAACCUAAAACCAAUAAAGUUGACCGUUUAUUACACAUUGAACGGUUCUCUCACGUGAUGCACUUGGUUUCUGAAGUUAGUGGGAUCUUAAGGGAUGAUAAAACUCGAUUCGAUGCCUUUAGAUCGAUUUUCCCCGCUGGAACUGUUAGUGGAGCUCCAAAAGUUAGAGCAAUGCAAUUGAUUGGUGAAUUGGAAAAGGAAAAACGUGGAGUAUAUGCUGGAGCAGUUGGAAAUUGGGCAUAUGAUGGUAAAACAAUGGACACUUGUAUUGCCUUAAGAACAAUGGUUUAUAAGGAUAAUGUUGUAUAUUUGCAAGCUGGUGGUGGAAUUGUGUUCGACAGUGAUGAGUAUGAUGAAUAUAUGGAGACCAUGAACAAAAUGCGUGCAAACAACAAUACCGUUGUUCAAGCUGAGGAAAUUUGGGCUGCUAAAGUUGGCACCGAAUAA